AUGUUCGCCAAAGGCAAAGGCUCGGCGGUGCCCUCGGACGGGCAGGCUCGGGAAAAGUUAGCUUUAUAUGUCUAUGAAUACUUGCUACACGUGGGAGCCCAGAAGUCAGCCCAGACCUUUUUGUCCGAGAUCCGAUGGGAAAAAAAUAUCACGUUAGGAGAACCGCCAGGGUUUUUACAUUCGUGGUGGUGUGUUUUCUGGGACCUUUACUGUGCUGCUCCCGAGAGACGAGACACUUGUGAGCAUUCGAGUGAAGCCAAGGCCUUUCACGAUUACAGUGCAGCUGCGGCCCCAAGCCCUGUGCUGGGCAACAUCCCUCCCAACGAUGGUAUGCCUGGGGGCCCCAUCCCUCCGGGCUUCUUUCAGGGUCCUCCGGGUUCCCAGCCCUCGCCCCACGCACAGCCUGCACCACACAAUGCUAACAGCAUGAUGGGACCCCACAGUCAGCCCUUUAUGUCACCACGAUAUGCAGGCGGCCCCAGGCCCCCCAUCAGAAUGGGAAACCAGCCCCCUGGAGGAGUUCCCGGCACACAACCAUUACUGCCCAACUCAAUGGACCCGACGCGACAGCAAGGACACCCCAACAUGGGAGGCUCCAUGCAAAGGAUGAACCCCCCACGAGGAAUGGGCCCAAUGGGUCCUGGCCCACAGAAUUACGGCAGCGGCAUGAGACCUCCGCCCAACUCUUUAGGGCCCGCCAUGCCUGGAAUAAACAUGGGCCCUGGAGCCGGCAGACCUUGGCCCAACCCUAACAGCGCUAACUCAAUUCCGUACUCCUCCUCGUCACCUGGUACCUACGUGGGUCCCCCUGGCGGUGGCGGCCCCCCAGGAACGCCCAUCAUGCCCAGCCCUGCAGACUCCACAAACUCCAGUGACAAUAUCUACACAAUGAUUAAUCCCGUGCCGCCCGGAGGCAGCCGGUCCAAUUUCCCCAUGGGCCCCGGCUCGGAUGGCCCCAUGGGAGGUAUGGGCGGCAUGGAGCCCCAUCACAUGAAUGGAUCCUUAGGGUCAGGUGACAUAGACGGACUUCCAAAAAAUUCCCCAAACAACAUAAGUGGCAUUAGCAACCCCCCCGGCACUCCCAGAGAUGAUGGCGAAUUAGGAGGAAACUUCCUCCAUUCCUUCCAAAAUGACAAUUAUUCCCCCAGCAUGACGAUGAGCGUGUGAUUCCGCCCCCCCCUCCUCCCCCCCUUCCCCUCCUCCCUCUCCAUCUUCCCUCCUCCCUCCUCCUCUUCUCCGGGAUGCCGAGCAAGCCGGCCGUGGCAAGCAGGAAGAUUCCAGAAAUUAUGCAAGAAGAAGAGAGGUGUUACUUACUGGCCAGGAGACGGUGGGGGGGACUUUCCCCCCUCCCCCUCUCAACCUUCCCCCCUCCCCCUUCUGCCUCCUCAGCUCCUCCCCCUUCCCCUCCCCAGUUUUAGUUUCAUGCAAUAAAAAGGCUUAACUUUUUAUUCCAUAAAACAUGAAGGACAAAACUUAAAAGAAAAUGAAUAUAUUUCAAGAUGCGGAGCAGGCCCCUCCCCACCCGCCCCUUCCCCUCCCCCUCCGAGGAGGGCCUUCUAUGUACGUGACACUUUUCAUUUUUCUUUUGUUUCUGUUUUAUCGGGGUUUUUUUUGUUUGUUUGUUUUGUUGUUUUUGGGGAAAUAAAAACGGAAGCUUCUAGCAACCCCCUCUCCCCCACCCCCCCAUCAACCUCUUUGCUUUCUUCUUUUAAAAAAAAGGCAGAAAAAAGACAAAAAAAAAGGGAAAAAAUCCAACCCUGUUGUAUGUUUGUGCUGUGACCCUAUGGCGGGAAAGCUAGUCUAGAUAUGAAAUCUCCUGGUGUCUGUUGUAGCCAUUUAAAGACCUAAUAAUAAACUGGACAGUUUACAAUCUG